GUUCAGCACAGCAAGGACAUGACUCUUGCCAGCAACCGCAGCCUGGCAGAGGGAAAUCUCCUGUACCAGCCAAAGUUGGAGUCUCUGAAAUCAAAUUUAACUGAGAAAUACCAGGAGCUGCAAGUUCUUUUUGAGGCAUACCAGAUAAAGAAAACAAAACUAGACAGACAAUCCAGCAACGCUUCCCUGGAGACCCUGCUGGCCCUGCUGCAGACCGAGGGCGCCAAGAUUGAGGAGGACACAGAGAAUAUGGCAGAAAGGUUCCUUGACGGUGAAAUCCCGCUGGAUUCCUUCAUCGACGAGUACCAGAGCAAGAGGAAGCUGGCUCACCUGCGCCGGGUGAAGAUCGAGAAGCUGCAGGAGAUGGUGCUGAAGGGACAGAGACUCGCUCAGGCUCAGCCUCCGGCGCAGCCGAGGNCUGGAAACGCGAAAUUCAAUGAAUCCAAGCGUGUCCUGGGGAAUUNGCCGGGGUGCCCGGCCCCGCUGGUGCCGCCCUAUCCUCCACCGCUGCCCCAGAGACCGCCUCGCCUUCCUCCACAUCCCGGCUUCAUCCUCCAGUAAAUGUUUGGGUGCGCCUGACUCUGGUAUUGGUGCUUAUAAUAUUUCCUUUUCCCCCAUCAGAGACUUGCUGUGGGCAAUGGGAGCCUCUGUUCUUUGCACAAUUGGAGCACAAAGGCCGAGCUGUGGCACAGAGGUUUGCAAUUGCUUUGCUAAACGUGAUGUUUGUUUGCAAAGAUCAGUGGUGACAAGGUUUUCCCAGGAAGGUGAGGAGGUCUAAAUUGUGUAAAUCCAUCGAGUUGGGAAGGCACUGGCAGUGGAUUUGCUGAGCUACAAACAGAGCCACGCUCUGAAUUCCUCAGUGAUGGCAGAUCAGCAUCCUCCUGUGUUCGGAUGUGUUCCCUGGCAGCUGGAGAGGUGUGUGGCUCCCAGCUGGUUGUCCCUCUGAGGAAUUGUGUCACUUGUUGGGGUGGUGGCAGCCAUAUCUGACCCUGCCUGCUGGGCAGGGCUGUGCACAGACCCCCAGCCCCUCCCCAGCCAGGGGCACGGGGCUUGCACAGCUCGCUGGGCUGGAGCUCCUGGCACAGCAGGGACAAGGACAAGAGUUUCAUUUCUGCAUUUCAGUUGUUACCUUAGACAGUGUGUAAUCAAAGUAGGCACUGCUCCCACACUAAAGAGCUCAAUACCCUCAAAGUCCUGGUCCCUUGAAAUGAAACUAAACUGUUUGUAGAGCCAGUUUAGGGUUUUAUAGACACUUUACCAGGCAGUUUUAUUUCCUUGCCUAUUAAGACUCUUUCUAAUGGUUGGUUUUUCUCUCCUUUUCCACACCUUGGAUACAGAAAUGAUUUUUUUUUUUACACAGGUGCUUAGCUUUUGCUACCAUGUGAUUCCAGGAAUCUAGGCAGGGUAUUUUCUUAAUCAAAUACUGGAUUUUCACAUGUAAUUGCCCACUUGAAUUUCCACAAUUUCAUUUUAUCCCUUAACUCUGUCUCUCACUUGGCAGAACUACUCUUAACUUUCCCAUUUCGUUUAGUUCUCAGUUUGGGGCAUGUGUAUCUAUCUGGAAUUUGCAGUUCAUGUUUCUCUGCAACUAGGCAAAAAGGAAAAGCCUUUUGAAGUCCAUGGUGGCUUUUUGCAUCCUGCAGAAUCUGUUCUUGACUUCUGCCACUGGACGGGAGAGGCUUUUUAGGGCAGCUCCGAUUUCACUCCUGAUGUGACUCUUGAAGCCUGAGGUGCAGACACAUGCUGGUGCUUCAAUCCAGCUCUGGGGGAGGCAGAUUUUAACCCCUGUUGUUUGCACAGAAUGUGUCUGUGGGUUUGUUACCAAUCUGUCAAAGCCCCUGGUUAUUUCAGUUAUUUUGGUAUCAUUGUGCUGGAAUGCACCGCAUUGUUUGGGAGUUUGUACUACAAACAUCAGUCAGAACAGAAUAUCUAUUUUUUUUUUUCUUUAUGUAAGACCUGGAUUGUCCCUUAAUCAUUUCCUCUGGAGUGUGGUGCUGAGCAAAUACUAAUCUGAAAUUAAGCUCAUAACAGGAAGCUCUCCAUUCUGAAAGUCUGACCGUGGCCAUUUGUUCUGCCUUGUGCAGCCAAAGGCUGGGCAGUGUUACUGGCAUCUGAACCAACUCCCCAGUGGAAGUCUGGCAAGUUUUUAUAGAUGGGGGAUUUUGUGAAGCAAUGUGCAUUGGAUUGGUUUGCCAAGUGUGUUUUUUCUGUAAUCUAGUGAUGGUACAGGAUGUGGUUGUUUUUUUGGGUUUUUUUUUAAUAGUGUGAUAUCUUUUCUUGGUAUUAUUUUCUCACUGAAGCUUUGUAUAAGCAUGGUUAAUUAUGACUCGUUUCUAAGUAACUUUGCUGUGCUGUUAGUGCUGGUAUUUGGGUGGCAGCUGUUCUAUCUGGAUGCUAAACUUGAGUCUGUGUGGAAAUGUGUCCUAGAAAGAAUUAAAGUGGGUGGGGGCUACCAGGGUGCAGAAAUUCAUACUUUGAGCCUGCUACACAAAACUCUAAAACACUCCCAAUUCAGUUUUACUGAGAUCUCAUGAAAACAACCAGGUAUAUUUUACACUUAUCAGGUGCCAACUUUUUUUCUGAGGGUUGGAAGUCCUCAGAAGUGAUGGGGGUGAUGGAUAAGUGUAUGGUGAAUUUGCACUGCAUUUUAUGUAUCAGACUUUAUUGGUAUUAGUAGUCCAGAAAUAUUUUUACUACUUGUUAAAUCUUCUGUCUUUUGGUAACUUUUGUGAUAACAAUGACCUUUCAGGGAUACUUUAUCUAAAAACAACCUCUUGUGCACACUAAAUACAGACAAAGCUAAUGCAAUUUUUUUGUCUGGGAGCAAAACAAUGCAUUAUUGCAUAUGCAUGUGGCUGAUGUGCCUUAGGAUCACUACUUGUGAUUGUAAUUCUAGGAUAUUAGCAUUUUUAUCAUUUGAAUGGCCAUUGCUUAACUCUAAUUGAAGGGCUCUUGAGAGCACUGACUUUUACAAAAACUGACCCUCAUACUUCAGAGAAAACAGCUCUUUCUGCUCUUUGUAAGCUUCCAGUUGCCUUCACUGAUGGGUGAGUUUGAACAUAGCUGAUGUAACUAAUGUGAUGUUUCAGUUAUUGCAAGCUCAUAACUGAAGUCCAGCUGCUCAUGGAAAACGUUUUGCCAUUAAUUCUGUGUGUGUGUGUGCACACAAACUGUAAAUAUUUACUUGACUGCUGGUGAUGUUCAAGGGUAAAGGAGAAUGACUGUGGAAAGCUGUUCAAUCCUUUCAGCAACAAACUCGAUGAAACACUAACCUGGCAAGAGCUGUGUCAGUGCUUUCAACCUGUUGCCCUUCAACAGCUUCUCCUGUUCUGUUAUAGCUAAUAAAUUAAUUCUGCUCUGGCUAGGAUGUUUAGAAUUGUACUAAUUUGCACUGUUUAUAAGAUAGUGAGAUUAAAAUGCCAUAGGCAAGCUGAGACUUGAGAGGGGGUGGCUCACGAUGCUUGCCAAAAAAAAA